UCAACGUUCCUGCACGGAACACAGGAUCUGGUGUACGUGCCACGGAAGAGCUGUCGGAAUAAUAGAAAAACAAACAUAAACCUUCUUAUAGAAAAAAACAAACAUAAACCUUCUUAUAGAAAAACAACAGCAAACGUAAACCUUCUCAACAUGGCAGAGACUCACAGUUUGCAGGACAUUAGACAACAAGCUACAGUUUCUGCCAAAGUCUUCAUACAGAGAGAUUAUACCAAUGGCACUGUGUGCCAGUUCCAAACCAAGUUCCCCUCUGAGCUGGAGACCAGGAUCGACAAACAGCAAUUUGAGGAGACGGUGAGGACGUUGAAUAACCUGUACGCUGAGGCAGAGAAGCUUGGGAGCCAGUCUUAUAUUGAAGGGUGUUUGGCCUGCCUCACAGCUUAUACCGUCUUUUUGUGUAUGGAGACACACUACGAGAAGGUUUUGAAAAAGAUUGCAAAAUAUGUGCAGGAGCAGAACGACAAGCUCUAUUCCCCCAGAGGACUCCUGCUCACCGACCCCAUCGAGAGAGGCCUUCGAGUUAUUGAAAUCACUAUAUUUGAAGAGAGAAGCCUGACCAGAUAAAGGCUGCCAAGGUAAGUCUCAAUAUUAGUAUUUUACUAAAUGAUCCACAUAUUUCAUCAAACUUUGUAAAAUACCUUUCACCACUAAUAAAACACACAGAGAAAAUGAAGUUAAA